UCUCAGCGAACUUAUCGAUACGACCCAGCGUCUUAAUCAUUCAUAUAUUUAAGAAGUAUUUUUUACUAAACAAAAGCAGCAAACAAAAGCAAAGAGUGUAAAGUCGACCGAGAUUAACGUGAACGAACCGGCCAAAGACCCCGUAAGGUUUGCUCACCCAAAGCGCAGGAAAGAGUGUUUGAGUGCGAGGGAGCAGGCGGCAGGUCAAGCGACAGGGGCAAGAAAAAUCUUUUUUGCAAGUGUCGCUGUCGCUAAAGAAAAAAGUGAAAGAAAUUGUUAUAGUGAGCCUGACAGUCUCGACUCCCAGACAUGUCUUCAACUCCAGCAGCGGCCGCAGCCGCAGAAGUGGCCACCUCGAGCGCCAGCUCUAAUUCCAACGCCUCCAGCACAGCCAGCACUGCCAACAGUCAACCCACAUCCACCGGAACAGCGCCGGCCCGCGGUGGAAGAGGCUCCAAUGCCAAUGGAGGAGCCUCGGGCAGCAGCUCCGGCGGCAAUGACGAGCCACGCAAAGAUGCCAAGCCGACGCCUCGGAUAUCGAAGGCGCUGGGAACCUCGGCCAAGCGCAUACAGAAGGAGUUGGCCGAGAUUACACUGGAUCCCCCACCGAACUGCAGUGCUGGACCGAAGGGGGAUAACUUGUACGAAUGGGUGUCCACUAUCCUAGGUCCGCCUGGUUCCGUGUACGAAGGCGGCGUCUUCUUCCUCGACAUACACUUCUCGCCGGAAUACCCGUUCAAGCCGCCCAAAGUCACAUUUCGCACACGCAUCUAUCACUGCAAUAUCAAUAGCCAAGGCGUCAUAUGCCUGGACAUACUGAAGGACAACUGGUCGCCAGCGUUGACCAUAUCCAAGGUGUUGCUGUCAAUUUGUUCCCUGCUUACAGACUGUAAUCCAGCUGAUCCACUGGUGGGCAGCAUUGCCACGCAAUACUUGCAGAAUCGAGAAGAACACGAUCGAAUUGCGCGUCUCUGGACAAAGCGGUACGCAACAUGAUGCGUAAGUUUUUGCAAAACACUUGUACCACAAACCGAAAAUUGCAACCACAAAAAUGAAAAUUCGCAUCUUUAUAAGGAGAAACUCUAUUUUAUAAAUAUAUAUUAAACUAUUCUAAACACUAAACCUAAAUUAACAGUAACAGUAACAAUUACCAUACAACACGAUCGUGUAACUCAAACAGCAACCGCCAACAGCCAGAAAUAGUCGAUUCCUUUAAGCCUACAAGUUGUAAAAACAUUUGGAGUUUUCUCAUGUUGUAUUUUUUUUGACUUAUGGUUUCUAGGUCGCUUAGCAAACGAAACACAAAAUGAAGCAAAAACAUAAAUUUCAUCCAAAAUACACACUGCAUGCACUGUCAUUCAACUGCAUAAAUAUAAAUACAAUUAGUCUACUUUAUAUGUGUACAGUGUUAAGUGAAAAGGAGCUAAAUACAAGUAAUAGGAAAGCGUAUUUUAAUGCAUUAUACAUAUGGGGAAAAAUCAACUUCAGGUCAGGUCAGCAAACUCUGUAGCCUCUUUUAAUCGCAAAACGGCCUCAACAAAGGAAAUUCUCAACGAUAAAAGACUAAUAAACAAAAAAACGAUCAUGUAUACAAAAUUUAAGACAACUUUUCCAAAUUCCAAAAGAAAAUAAUACAAUUUUUGUUAUUUAUAUAAAAAAAACUCAAUUCGGUUUAAUUUUUAAUGUGAUAUUUGUAAGCGUAUUAUAUUUGUUCUUUGGCCAACUGUUUUCCAGUAAUAUGAGAGACU